AUGAAGACCACUUUACUCUCCGCACUGUUUCUUCCCCUUCUCGCACCAUCCGUCAUUGCAGCCAACGAUGACGAUGUGACUUGCCAGACGAAACUUGGCAAGGAAUCAGUCGCAGAUGUCCAGACUGUCACCGUUACCAAGACAGACAGUGUAGCCCCUACGACUACAACUACAAUAAUUCCAACGGUGGUUAAGAAGGCCAACCAAUGGUCAACAAUCACGGUAUUCUCCACCAAGACCUUCACCGUCACUGGCAAAGGUGGCACCGACACUUUCAGCACUACUACCACGCUGUUCAAGGUGGCCACUGUCACAGUGACUGCUACUAGCACUACUACUACUACAAAGACAGGCACAAAGACCUCAACGUCUACUACUCAGAUACCAACUACUGCUGGAUUCAAGUUCAUCUCAGACACUGUGAACUCAAGGUCUUUGAAUGCUCAAAAGCGUGACAAGUUGUUCCAAAAGCCUCAUGGUCGCGCGCUAAUCAAGCCUGGAAUGAAGGCUUUCAAAUUCCCUUCCAAGGUUCAGUGCACCAAACUCCUUCCAAAUGCCAACACAAAGGUUGUCCAAAAGACUGGUACUCCAGUUACCAAGACAGUCGAUAGUAUGCAGACAACCACUAUCGUAAAGACAAUCUCUACUACCACUACCCUCAUUCCCAAAGACGUUUCCGUCACCAAAUCCUUCACCACUUCCAUGAAAGUCACCACCUACUCCACCAAGUGGAAGACAACAACCAAGUCUGCCACUGCAACCAAGACAAAGGUCAUCUCUGGCCCUACCGAGUAUGCAGCCUGCCAAGAAGCAAACAUGUUUGGCCCCAACUUCAACAGUGCAAGCACAGGUUACUACGUCGCCAACGUUCUCAACAAUGGUCCUGGCAUCCCAUCUGAUUUCCAAAUCGUUGCAAAUGGUGCCAGCAGUGCUGAAGAGUGCUGUAGCUCUUGUAUGCAGUUCACUGGCUGCGAGACGUGGAGCUUCCGUGCUGCUAACCGCAACUGUUUCCUUUUGUACCACGCUGGUUCGACGUGCAAGUCGCAGAGCAACCAUCCCAACUACUUCAUGUCCAAGAAGGGCUCUGAUACUGGCGCUGGAUUUAUUGUUGGUAAUGGAAAAUGUGGCUUCACUUAUAGUGGCAACAGCGACGGCUCGGUGUUUGCCGUUGAUCUCUAA